UGAUUUUCCUCCAUCCUGUCAAUCCUAAUGGACCAUUGGUUUAUGCAUGUUAUCCAAACACAUUUAGUAGAGACAGGCUGGAAGAGGUCCUGUGCUUUGCCCCGUUAUAAUUUCCUCAAACACAUGACUGAGUCAUUAGCUUAGGGUUUGUGUUUUUAAACAGAAACGACAUGUCAAUUGGCAAAAUAGGUGAUGAUUCAUCUGGUGAAUUAGUCUUUUGUCUUCAGCUUUAAACAGAUAGGAUAUGACCUGUGUAAUUUACUUUAGAAAACUAUUAUGCAAAUACAUGGUUAUUUGUUAUUUCUCAUGAAAAUUUUCUCAUUGUCAAGAAGGUGCAACAAGGCCCAGGAAUCAUAAAGCAAUAUAAUAUGUUUAACAAGAAAACAUAUACAAAGAAAUAUGGCCACAAUUGCUGCUUUUUUUUUUUAUUGCCUCAUGCACAAAGAACCAAAUUUAAAGUCAUUGAUGUGAUCUUUCUGUUUGCAUUUGUUUCUGUAUUUUGACCUAUAUGUAACUAAUUUGACAAUUCUGUGUAGGUUUAAUCUCGAGCAAUUACAUUAUAUAAUUAUAAUUAUAAUUCUCUCCUGCUUUCCCUGGAGUUGUUUUGAGACAGAUCAAAUGUAUGUUAAUGCAUAUGUACAGUACAUGUAUAUGUAUAGUAUUUAGUCAGUGUUCUCUUUGAUCCAACUCUAUCUGUUCUGUAGAGGUGAUUAUUCAUGGAUCCAAUGUAACAUCUAAUGCAGAGCCAAGUAAAAUGUGAGCAGUGUAUGUAUGUGUCUAAGCUCCUCAUCCAUCAUCUGGGCUUAAAUUAAGUUGCUGGCUUCAUAGUCAGAAUUUCUUCUAAUAUUUUUUGCAGAAACCUUUUUUUUAGACUCUUGUGGCAUAACCCUUUGAAUUCUGAGGACUUUUGUUGUGGUGGCAGGCUUUCAUGACCACAGCACUUUCAGCCACUUGUUUCCUUUACACAUGUUCCCAGUGGAACAGCCAUGCUCCACACUGCUAUAAUUAAUCACCAACUGCUGGCAUGCCUUGCACCAUUUUACACACGAGGGUUAAAGGUAAAUACUUAAUUAGCUUUUCUUUUUUCCACAGGCCAGUGUGAGGCCCAUUCUUGAGUGAGGCCCAGUUCAUGAGGCUCUGUAGGGUAUAUUAGAGCACACACAAAAGAUUAAUAGAAAUUCAUGCAGUUCAUACCUGUAGAUGGGGUUGUGCUUGGUAGUGCAUUACAUACAAUGUGUCUAUUAGUAUUUGCGUUUGAAAGCCAUUUUAUAUUUUUUACCCAUCUUAACCACGAGAAGCGUUGAGAAUCACCUGGAUAUGCAUGUGCACACCAAGACCUUCAAACAAAGUUACAAAGUGACAUAUGAUGCAGUAUUUGCAACAAAUACAUCCAGCAUACAGUCAUCCUUCCCUUUCUUCUUGCCUCCUCUACAUGUCGGACCACAUGGAGUUUUUAUGCUUAGCAGCUUCUGACUGGUUGGAGCUGCAGGUAACUGUACAACAGCUAGAGAUAGGCUCCUCUUAUGUUCUUUUAUUUAUUCCGCCUCAAGGUGUGUAUUUUUACACUUUGUAAGCUCCAUUAAUGAAACUAUACUGAACACUGUGGCAACUGCUAGCUUCUAGUUAGCCUUCCCGCAAUACUGAAUCAGAAGUUGAAUUACCCUCCUUUCACCCCUCAUUCUCCUUGCUGGGUUGAGUUCUCUUGUGACUCUACCUGCUUAUAGUAUUCCACAGGUCCCUACCAUCCAGUCAACUAACAUGCCUUCAUACUGCUAGCAUGGUUAAGUGGUUUUCCCUUCUUAUGCCAAGCUAAGUUAGCGUGAUUUCAGCUCUGGGGCUGGGGUUGCUUUACCAUCCAGACAACUGACCCCUUGUUCACUGUAGUUUGGGACAAAUUUCCCGCAGCUCACAUUUUUUCUAUACAGCCUAUAGUUGGACUUCAAUCUUAUCCGCUACAGACUGGUGUGGCUGCAAGUUUCCACCUGAUUAAUCAGUUCACCCUUGCCUUCAGUCAGUUAUCAGGUGUGGCUCCUGCUACUAUUUAAAACUUCCCUUAAUCCAAGUUAAGUUGUGUGGAAGUCUCGGUUCCCCACCUAACACCUAAAGAUCCUUCUGGCCUUUCACCAUUACCCCUGUGUCAUCUGCAUAUGCUGACUGAAACCAGUGAUUCUCUCCCUCAGUUCACACAACAGGAGUUGUGUGAAUACCUGUUGGUCAACAACUGUUCAACAGCAUGCUUGACAGACAUUAUCCCUGUCUAACUGUUACCUUUAAGUACACUCUCAAUAUCGCUGAAAAAAAAAAUCAUGGCUACAAACCCUAAAUCGAAUCGAAAUCGAAUCGAAAAUAAAAGUAUUUUAAAACUUUAAAACUGAUUGCUUUGUAGAUCUCAAAAGAAACUUUCCUUCCACCUCUUGUACCACUGCAUACUCACUUUUCUCCAGCUCUGAGAAAUACGGAUACUCUCUGCAAGGGAGGAACACCAACAAAAAAACCUCCUUAGACGAGGGAAAAGCCAACAGACCUUUGCCUCAUACAGCACACAAUCAGCUGUUCAGGUCUUUUCAGGUCUUUUAAUGGCAUGUCACUCACCAGAUUGAAGAUGACUCUGCACUGGUUCUGGACUGGUCUAGGAGAGACCCAUUGGGAGUGCCAACUGUCAGAACCCCAGACUAUGUUUACACAGCAUGUAUAAAACAUUUCUGUCCAUUUCUUUGCUUGACACCAAAGACGAAAGAAGGAGCAUCUAUUUCUAUCACACAUGAGGGGAAGCACAAGGGGACCAGCAUACCCUAGGUGGUUAGCCAAUACAGCUUUUUUAACCUCGAGAGCCUCAAUAUGGCAUGGAUUUCCUGUGGCCAACAUCAAGUCCUUAAGUUCCACUACUUAACUGGCCAAAUCCUACCACUUUGGCCAAAUCCUACCACUGUUUCAAUGAGGAGAAAAUGGUUUCUGAAAUUUAAAAUGGCAACGAAAAGUAUUAAAAUCCAGAGUAUUAAAAUCCAGUAUGCACUUUGUGGUUUUAUUUUACAUUUGCUUAAUUUUCACUGAACUGUGCAAUAAUAUGAGAAACCAACAGGACAUACUGAAGAGUGUUUGAAUAUAUUCAGUUAAAACUCACUGUGUACUGGCACUGACCUUCAUGAAAACUUCUCUAGAUAUCACACAAAUCAUAUAUCCCUAUUAUCUCUGUCAGACCCUUUCAGGAAGCAGCAUGAGACUACUGUAUGUUUCAUUUUUGUAUUUUAGAUAGCUUUUUUCUGUGUUUGACUGGCUUCCAUAGAGCAUAAAAAAGUGAAGCAAAGCAUUGCAUUCCAAAGCUUCUGGAAAGUUACUGAGCUAUUUCUUUGCUGACCCUCAUCUCACCCUUCUCACCACUGGGGACAAAGGUCAAGCAUUCUGAAUUGACCAUGUGCUUCGAUCCCUGUCCUCAUGCCCUAAUUUACUAACAUGCAUUCAUGAAGAUCAGAGGGCAGCGAACAGAAUGAGACACCAGUCUACACUUGUUCACACCUGGACCAUUUAGAAAAUACUAUGUGGGAAACCCACAGGGAAAACCUGAAAAUCCAUACAGAUGACCGUGGUAGCAAUAACAACAUCUUAGGAUCGAACCAAUGGGACCCUGGUGCUGUGAAGCACUAACACUUCCCAUUGCAUCACAGUGCCAACCAAAAGAUUUUAUUGCAUACAUACAUUCCGUAUGGUGCAGCAGGUAGUAUUGCUGCCAGCCAUAUUAAUAUUUUUUUCUAUGUGGGAAAGAAGAGUUAAAGGUAUUGGUAUCAGUGUUGGUAUCAGGAUACUAGCCUUGAUAUUACUUGCUAAUGUAGAAAAUCUGUCUAAGUAAAAAGCAAGAUGUAUGCCCUUUGGCAAAACUCGUGGCACUGCAGAAUAGCUGGCAAAGUAUAAAGAGCAAGUUAAGGCACAGCUCUCCCAAACAACAGACUUCUCUUAUCUGAAGAAGAUUACAUAUUGAGCAUCACUAUACAGAAGGCUGAGCCAUCUAGGACAGCUACGAUUAAAUAUAUAGCCUGGGGUCAGCUGUGAGGAAUUGUGCUGAUAGUGAAAAUGUUUUCCCCAAAACCUCUGUGGUCUAAGUGAUAUUCAGGGGUCAGUCAUUAUACUAUCAAUGUGCAGAAAAAAACAAAUACCAGUAAGCAUAAUAGGGCAAACAUACUAGACAUUCUCUACAGUGGCCAUAGAAAUGGUGAUAUAAUUAAACCAGUGUUUAGACAUUAGUUGUAGUAUCAGGACUCAUAAAUAAAGAAAGUGAAAUCCCUUAAUGACACUCAAUAAAACCACAGCUUCAGUUUGCUCCACUCUGUCUGCUCAUCUUCUGGCAAUCAAUGUUCUUGGCCUCAAAGCUCAAAAACUUAUAAUUAACCUUUCUGAAGCAGUGAUUUACUACAGGUGGCUCAAAGUAGCUGUAUAAAUCACAUAAAGUCAAUGGAAAGUGUCUGGAACAUGCAUGUAGAGAUUUGUCAGUGGACCUUCUUGGCUCUCUCUUUUUUUUUACUAUCUUUCUUUUUUACUCUCUCUUUGUCUUCUUUUGACUCUGUGUUAAAAAACUUUAAGGCACUUAAAGGAUUAUCGAUUACAUUUUUUAAACUUAUCUGAAAAGUCUUUCGAAGAUCUGAAAGCAAUUAUCUCUCUCGCAAGUAUAAAUUGGAGUUAUUUGGAUCUCAUUCUCUAUUCAUUAUCCCAAACUGGGGUUGGGUACAGUAUAUCCUAUUUAUUCUGGAGAGACUUCCAGUAGAAGUACUGUUGUGGUUUCUGUGGUAAUCCUUCCUGUUACAGCCAAGGGACAAGAUGAUUUUCUAACCUUUGUUUUGCUGUGCUGUAGGUCUCAUGACUCUGUAACUCUGGCGUCUCUGAAGUCUUCUAAAUCACUUAUUUAAAUUUUCCUAUUGUUGUCUACCGAAUAAAUCUCCUGCUCCUAGUGUCCCCAGUUUCCCCACUAGACCCUGGAAAGUUUCUUUCAAACAGAGCCAUAAACUUUACAGCAAAAGAGUACAUUUAUGAAAGAAUUAGAAUCUGUCCACUUGGUGGUCUAGUGAUGUGCUGAAAUGAUGCAACCCAGUUUUGUUGGCAUUAAUAGCAAUUUUUCGGUCAGCAUUUUCACUUGCCAAAAUUUCAAAUGUUCAUUAUUGUAAGGACACUGCAGCCCUGAUUUACUAAGGUAAAUAACGAGUACUAAUUUGCUGUUGGAUAGUCGAUUUGUUACAAUAAUUGUUUGAAUGCCAUCACAAAAAAUAUGUAAAUGAAGUUUUCAAAAGCUGUUUAAAUGCUGUCAGCGUUGAACAUACAAAUGUAAAACAAACUAAUGUUCAUCUAAUAUGAAAUCAACUUUAUUGCAAUAAUAAGUCACAAUUUUAAGAAAUUCUGUUUGUUUUUUGGCACUGAGGAAUGAUUUAGAUAAGCAUGCUCAUUGUUCAGAUUUAGUGAAUGGCAUAAUUUUGUCUUUUAAUUUUGUGAAAUUGUGUCAUUUUUAUCAGAAACAGGCUUUUGCAAAUGUAAUACAUGCCUUUCGGUCUUACUAUUUUGCAUGUUCAAUAAAGGUGCCAACAUUCUUUUUCAUUACGGCAAAAACAGAAUUACAACUAACAUGUUGCGCUAUUUUAAAAGACACAGUUCUCUGUCAUGCCUGUUAGUAAAUCAGUUUUUAAGAUAAGUUUGCACCUGUUUUUAAUCUGGCAGACUUAUAGUACUUUAGAGCCUGUGAAUGUCAGAGUAUGUACUAUGUUCAGUCCUUUAUUGGAUACUGAUUGCACCAAAACCAAACUUUAAGUAAGAGUUAUUGACGAAUCCCAGUUUUCCUGCAUCCUCCUGAGCAAUUUCUAACUGUGAUCUGUUCUCACCCCUCUUAGCAUCAUUGGGGCCAAAGGUCAAGAAUGAUGAACUGACCAUGUGCUUAGAUGUUUGCCUCCCUAACCUUGAUCUAGUGACCAAGGCUUCAACAGCAGGCGGUAGGAGCUUGCUGUUGAAGGAGAAACUUUGGUCCAUCUCAGGGCACCACGCACACACAUGUUCACGCAUCCAUUUACACUUAGCAUAGCCAAUCCAUCUAUAUGCAUGUUUUUGGUAGGUGGAAGGAAACUCAGUGGAAACCCGCAUGGACACAGGCAGAGCAUGCACAGGAAAUCCACAUACACAGUAACCUGACUACUGGAUACUGUAUACUAUAAACAUCAAAGAGUACUAAGUGUGUUGAAUGAUGUUCAGUAUAAGCAUAUUGUGAAUAAGAGUCAUACGAUAAGCACAGGACAGUGUUUAUGCUUAGGUACAAAUCUACAGUAUCCAGGUGAGAUUAUACACUGAAGCAAAGGUGAGACUUGGACGUGGACUUUCUUUGUGAAGUGCAAAUCUUUAGAGUCACAACUGCAGAACAUCAGGCUAAAUUAGGCGUGUGUGUGUGCCUGACGGUGGGGGGUGGAUGAAUGAUAUAUCAGUGGGUGUGAGAAUGUGCACUUUGUGAGUGAAACUGAUCUCACCUCCUCAGUGUAUGUUCUGUUGUGGAUCGUGAUGUGACAGUGUAGUGUGAGCUUCACUGGUUUGUGGUGUGUAUUUGUAGUCAUGAGGAUUUGGCUGUGCCUAAUAGGGUGGAUUCUACUGGACGUACAGGUUCAGGGACUUGCAAGACACCAGGGUCAGAGGAAUAGCUUGCUAAAGGGUGUGAGAAGACGUGGCCUCACCCGUGGAGAUGGCACACUCCCUACAGGCUUGAAGCGACCUGGCUCCAUUAGCCGUGGGGAUGUUUUUGAGGUGGAUGAGUACACUGACCUGAUCGAUCCCAGCACCCUGUCUAAAAAUGGUGGCUUACCCCACAAGAUCUACCCACCUUUUGCUAAAGGCAGCAAGGAGGCCAAACCGGACUCUACCUCUAAACUUCUAGAUGAGAACAUCACCACUGAGAAAAGCAGUCCUGACAAAGAGUUUCCUAAGAAGCCUGUGGAUAACACCAUUAUUGAUCUGGAUGUUCCUUCCAUUUUGAAAAAAACUCCUGCUGGAGAAAACUCAAGCCUCGAGGACCCUGACUCCAACCUGCUGAAGGAAGGAGAGGAGAGAGUUCCACCUCCUGUUCCACCUAGCUCAUCUACUGACAGAAGAAAUGAAACUCGCAGAAUUGUUCCAAAUCUGGUUCUCACAGGUAGGACAGGGAGCCUGGUGCAAGGCUCAGAUGGGAAGAUGUAUCACCUUCAUCAAGGCCCUCCAGGGCCAAUGGGGCCACCUGGGGAGCCAGGUUGUCCUGGCAGUGUGGGCUAUCCAGGGUUCAAAGGUGAAAAGGGAAGAGCUGGACCAGAGGGUCGUCCUGGUUGGGUUGGAAACCCAGGGCCACCAGGACCACCAGGACCACCCACUUUAUAUCUAUGGAGGAACACAGCAGAGGAGUGGGCUUACUUUCAGCAAACAUCAUUCUUCCAGCUGUUGUAUGCAGGUUGGCCUAGGGAGCCGGGUUUACCUGGGCCGCAGGGAGAAUUGGGAAAACCAGGCCCACAGGGGCCACCGGGUGAUCCUGGAGAAAGAGGGCCGUCAGGGCGUGUGGGAGAUAUGGGUGACCCUGGCCUGCCAGGUGUGCCUGGCUUACCAGGGAUUCCUGGGAGAGAUGGAGAAAAUGGCCUGAAAGGACAACAGGGGGCUCCUGGAAUACCUGGCCCAAAGGGCCCUCUUGGCUAUAAAGGAGAAUUUGGCUCACCUGGUGAAAAAGGAGAUGAGGGACUUAUUGGAGCAGAGGGUCCCAGUGGAGAUCUAGGGGAACCUGGAGAGAAAGGAUAUAAAGGGCUGCCUGGGCCACCUGGUCCUACUGGCCCUCAAGGGCCUCAGGGGAUUAGAGGGAUUGAGGGCCUUGAGGGUCCUCCAGGGACAGAUGGGGAUGAUGGGUUUGAUGGUCCACCAGGUCCGCCAGGUCCAGCAGGCCCUCCAGGUAUCACUGGUUUUGUAGGUGCUCAGGGUGUAAAUGGCUCACGGGGGGAGCCUGGACCUGCAGGAAGCACCGGUCCACCAGGGCUCCAGGGUGCUCAGGGAUUACAGGGACAGAUUGGGCCUCCAGGGCCAUGGGGCCCACAGGGUCAACCCGGGAGAGAAGGCAUACCUGGCCCAAAAGGAGAUCCUGGACCUAUUGGGCCAACAGGACUUCGGGGAGAGCCAGGAUUAGAGGGCCCCAUGGGUGCAUUAGGAACACCGGGUCCAAAAGGAUUUAUAGGUCUUAGAGGUAAGAGGGGACCUGAGGGAGACAACGGAGAAGCUGGACCAAAAGGUGACAAAGGUACUAAAGGAGACCCAGGGAUACAGGGAUCUCAGGGUGAACAGGGACCCGCUGGUUUUCCCGGUUUUCCAGGGAUCAAAGGUCAGCCUGGAACAAGAGGGAUACAGGGAGAAGAUGGAGAAGUGGGUCCACAAGGCAAAUUAGGAAAGGAGGGGCCAAAGGGCAACAGGGGACCACAGGGUCAUCAGGGAAAGCCAGGACCAAGGGGACCAAUGGGUCGUACAGGGCAAAGAGGUCACACUGGAAUGCCUGGACCUCCGGGAUUUCCAGGUCCUCAAGGAGGAGUCGGGGCUGAAGGAAAGCCUGGUACACAGGGACUCCAAGGUGCUACAGGUAACCCAGGGGGAAAAGGACUAAGGGGCUUGCAUGGCAUUGCUGGGGAGCCUGGUAUGGAUGGACCAACAGGACUUCCUGGUCCACCUGGACGAGAAGGACCCAUGGGCAGUCCAGGUCCACCAGGAGAGAGGGGUUUCUCUGGAAAGCCAGGAGCAGUGGGACCUCAGGGCCCUGUUGGCAUGUAUGGUUUUCCAGGAAGCUCAGGCACUCGAGGAAGACCAGGACACAUGGGAGAACAGGGAGAACCUGGAGUAAAAGGACCCCCAGGACCCAGUGGAAAGCCUGGACCUUCAGGACCAACCGGCCCAGCUGGAGAGAGAGGACCUCCAGGACCACAAGGUAGACAAGGAGAUCCUGGACCUCAUGGAAUAGACGGAGCACGUGGUCCUCCAGGGCUACAGGGUGUUGAUGGGAUCAUGGGAAGACCAGGGCCUGAUGGCAGUAAAGGAGCUCCAGGAGAUCCAGGCGCAAGCGGGCCUCCAGGUAUCCCAGGCUGUCAAGGUGAAAAUGGGUUGCCCGGACCAGCUGGGGAGAGAGGGGAGAAGGGAAUACUGGGUCCUCCUGGUGAUAUGGGGCCUUCUGGACUUGAAGGUGAACAGGGUCCACCAGGUCCAGCUGGACCAGAGGGACCACUAGGGAGAAAAGGGGAUCAGGGAGAGCGAGGCCUCUGUGGUAACAUUGGUCCUCAGGGACAGAAAGGAGACAGUGGUCCACAGGGUACAAAAGGUCUGCAGGGUCCACCUGGGCCACUGGGUAAAGAGGGAGAUGUUGGUAAACCUGGAGAUCCUGGUGACUCUGGGCCCAAAGGGGAAAAAGGUGAAAAAGGCCCUCAGGGGAUGACUGGUUUAGAAGGGCCCUGGGGAGCUGUAGGAGAAAGAGGAGAGAGGGGACCAAAAGGGGACAAGGGCAACAUUGGCCUUCUGGCUGAGCCAGGUCUUAUGGGUGGAGUUGGAUUUGGUGGGUUAAAAGGACUUCCCGGUGAAGCGGGACCACCGGGGCCAGUAGGGGCUAAUGGACCACCAGGGGACAAGGGGGAGAUGGGGCCGUCUGGCUUGCCUGGCAUGCCUGGAAAUACCGGGCCUCAGGGAAUAGCUGGUGUGGCAGGAGUGAGAGGAGACACUGGAAAGCCUGGACCACAGGGUACUGAAGGGCCUGCAGGUCCUGAAGGAGACGUUGGCCCAAAAGGCUAUGCGGGGCCGGAUGGAGAGAAAGGAGAACCAGGGAACCCAGGAGAACCAGGAGAGCGGGGAUCAGAGGGACUUCCGGGAAUUAAAGGACCCCCUGCAUUGUCUGGUCUAGAGGGACCGCCAGGAGAGUCAGGACUUCAGGGACCACCAGGUCUACCAGGAGCUCAGGGAAGAAUGGGUCAGCCAGGACCAGAGGGAAGACAAGGCAUGAAAGGAGACAAGGGAGAUGAUGGCAUUAAUGGACCACCAGGAAAUAUGGGUCUCAUCGGUAGGAAGGGAAAAAGAGGCAAAGCUGGUUUAAGGGGCACAAGAGGACCAAGAGGAGAAAAGGGAGAGAAAGGAGAGAUGGGUGAGAAAGGACUCCCAGGAUGGGAGGGGUCCAUGGGUAUUGUGGGCCAGCGGGGAGAGAAGGGUGAAGAAGGUGCAAAAGGAGAAGAGGGAGAGAAGGGUGAUCAAGGGCCAGUUGGUCCACCAGGAAAAGAUGGCUUAAGGGGAAGCCAGGGUCCUUUGGGCCCACCUGGACUCCCAGGACCAAAGGGGAAUCAGGGCAGUAUUGGUCUGUCUGGCCCAAGAGGAAAACCUGGCAUACCAGGAAUACCUGGAUUGUUUGGUGUGAAGGGUUUAAAGGGUUUUCAGGGAGCUUCUGGGCCAGCUGGAAAGAGGGGCCUUCCAGGACCACCUGGACCCCCAGGACCUCCAGGCCUCUCUGUGAACCUUACUAUGACCCAAAUUAAAGACCUGAUGUAUGUCUCAGACAAGCCUAACUACUCGCUCAUCCAGGUGCUCUUGGAUUCUCUGUACCGUGACCUGAGGCUUUUGCUGGAUCCACCUGAUGGCAGUAAAGCGCGUCCAGCCUCCACUUGCAUGGAACUGUGGCUAUGCCACCCCAACUACACCAGUGGGUUCUAUUAUAUCGACCCAAAUCAGGGCAGCCCUGUAGAUGCUCUUUUGGCUUACUGUAACUUCUCUGAGUCAAGGGCAGAGACUUGUCUUCACCCCAGAACUGCACAGAUACCCAUGAAAGCAUGGUUGAAUGACUCUGUAUCAGAUAGUGCUUUCUACUGGGUCAGUUCCCUUAAGGGGGGUUUUAAGUUUGAAUAUACAGGGCUCACAGUGGUCCAGGCCCGUUUUCUGAGACUUCAGAGCAACCUGGCAGAGCAGAGAGUGACCUACUCCUGCUAUCCCGGACACAGACUGGGACAGACACAGCGACAAGCACGCUUUCUCACCAGCUCAAUACAGCAGAGCUACCAGGGGGCCCUUCAAGACUGUGUGCCUGCCAAGGAAGUGGAUCCUGGGCCACGGGAGUCUGUUCUUCAGUUCAUGGAUAAAGACCUGCUCCCUCUGCGGGACGCUGCAGUGUUUGCCAGCAGCAGCCUUUCGCAUGAGUUUGGCUUCACUGUGGGACCGGUGUGUUUCAGCUAGAAUGUGAGAGAGAAAGAUUCCAUUAACGGGUAUUACUUCACACACAAAUGGCAGCAGAAGAAGAAAGAGGUAAACUGUACAACAUGAGGAUGAAAGGAAGACCUGUGGGUUAUACCUCUUGUCCUUUACAAUCCUCAUGACAUGUUAAUGACACUUUAAGAGAGCACAUUUUUAGAGGUGCUCUUCAACAAAUGAACCAUCAUUUUUGUUUACACACAUUAGCAUUUUGUAAAUUAUAUACUAUUUUGAUUUUUUGUCUGGAUUUUUUUAUUUUUUAUUUUGUGGGAAGUCAAGUGCAUGACAGAGUGGGAAGUCAAGUGCAUGACAGAGUGUUCAUGUAACCACUAUGUGGUUGCACAGUGUUUAACUGAAGAACAAGAAAAUGUUUCCAAAUUAUAUAUACACUUAUGAUACAUCUGGAUUAGUGUCAUUAUAAUCAUUUUUCAAGCUUUCCUAUUUGAAAUAGAAGCUUUUAUAGUAAAACAAUGUGUUUUGAAGAGAACACAGCUUUUACCUGAUCUUAAACUGCAGUCUAUAAGACAAAUUCAACAGUUUCCCCUUUACAGUGCAUUGCAUUAUGUAUGCUAGUCUUAUGGUUUUAGAGAUUUUUGUGAUUUUUCAGCUCUAUGUCAAUCUUAUUGCUGUCAAAUUGUCAUGUUUGAAUAGGUUUUCAUUUCUCAGGUGCUAAAAUGUAAUAUAACAAGUAAAUGGAACUGCUGUGCCAUACUUCAUGCUACAACUGGGGUCAUAAGUUUACACACGCCUUGCAGAAUCUGCAAAAUGUUAAUAAUUUAAAAAAUAAGAAGGAUCAUAAAAAUUGCAUUUUGUUUUUUAUUUAGUACUGCCCUGAAUAAGCUAUUUCAUAUAGCAGAUAAAAUAAGACAAAAUAAUAACUGAAUUUACACAAAUGAACCAGUUCAAAAGUUUACAUACGCUUGAUUCUUAAUACAGUGUGUUGUUACCUUGCUGAACAAUGACUGUUUUUAUGUUUUGUGAUAGUUUUUCAUGAGGCCCUUGUUUGUCCUGAGCAGUUAAACUGCUGUUCUUCAGAAAAAUCCUCCACGUCCUGCACCUUCUUUGGUCUUCCAGCAUCUUCUGCAUAUCUGACCUUUCCAACAGCGGCUAUAUGAUUUUGGGAUCCAUCUUUUCACACUGAGGACAAUUGAGAGACUCAUACACAACUAUUAAAAACGGUGCAAACAUCCACUGAUGCUCAAGAAGGCAACAUGAUACAUUAAGAGCCAGAGGGCUGUAAACUUUUGAAUAGGAUAGUCGGUGUAAAUUGUUAUUAUUUUGUCUUCUGGGAAACAUAUAAAUAUCUUAUAUAGUUUCUGAAGAGCAUUACUAAAUUAAAAAACUAACAAAAUCAUAAUUACACCCAUCCUCCUGCUCAAAAGUUUAAAUUCAGUUAUUCAGUUAUUAUUUUGGCAUGUGGACUAUAUGUAAACAUCUGUUAUGUGAAAUAGCUUAUUCAGGGCAGGAAAAAUAAAAUGCCAUUUUUAUGAUCCCUCUUUUUUUUUUUUUUAAUUAUUUACAUUUUGCAGAUUCUGCAAGGUGUAUGUAAACGUAUGACCCCAACUGUAUGUUUGUUACAGUUACGUAACAUAGCAUAAAGAAUUAAACAUGACAAGGUGUGCAGUUAGAGGAAAAUAAUCAAUGAUUGAAAGAAAGAGAUUGGAAAAAUUAUUAAUUUCCACUAAUAACACAUACUGAAGUGUUUUAUUCCUCUUAUACCACAGCACUUUGCCUAUGCUAACAAUUUUUAUUUAUUAAAGAAUUACACAUCAGUUUUUAUUGAUUUAUAGUUACAUUUAUGUUUUGGAAUGUCCACAAGACAAGUUAGUUCUUGUUAUUACUUAUAUUAUAGCAGCUAUAAACAUUUGUUCCCUCACCAGCACAAGAUAAACAUUUUUGAUCCUGAAGGAAAUUGUUACAGAGAAACAAAAGAUGUCCAUCCUGAAGACUCUCCCAUGUUGUAAAACUUAAAGUUACAGCUUUACCUCUGACCAUUACAAAGUGUUGACACUGGAGACUCCUUCCAAAAUGCUACAUAAACAUCUGCUCACACUGCUACCCCCACCUCCCAGAUUUAAUAAACAGAUUUUUUUUUUAAUCUGUUUAUUAUUUCUCUUAGAUUAUGUGGAGCGUCCACUGUACAAGUCCCUUUGUAUGAGAUGUUCCUAUAGAAAAAAUAACGUAUUAGAACAAGCACAUUAAUAUAAAUCUAUAAUUAAUCUUACUGUCUGAGCCAUGCUUUUAUACGAAAAUAACACACACCUUCUAACCAAUACAAAAUUUGAGAAUUCUGUAGGAUAAAGAAAAUUAAUCAAUACCUUCUAACCAAUGAGAAUCAAGCAUUCCACAGUGCUGUGGUAUAAUACAAUUUAACACAUGACUAAAUAAUUUAUUGUACUGUAACACAGAUAAAAGAAAGAAAGACUUGCUCUUUACUUGUGUUUUGGUGUUUCAUGAAAAAUCUGUCUUUACUGAAAACAACAGAAAUUCUGGGACUUCAUUCAUUCUUUUACAGUUUUAGAUGACAUACAUCUCUUGGUUAGCAAAUAUAAGGUUUUAUUUCAACAGUAAUGAUAUGUAGGCCUCAGGGAGCACGUGGCAUGGCAUGUUUCUGAAAAUAUGGUUGGGUGCUUUACAAAUUCAGUGCAUCCAUAUUUCUUUAUAUGAGAGAUUUGUUUAGUGUCAUUGAAGAACUUAUUAUGAUCUCCGGGAAACACAAAGUCACACUCAUCAAAAAAGCAAGGUUACAAUUGCAUACUAUAAUCAUUUUAACUUAUUUGGCUGAAAUAAACAGAGAUGCCUUGGACUCUUCUUUUGUAAUAAACAUUUUCUUUGUAAUAUGUGGUGACAUUUUAAGUCAAAUGCUGGUCAUCUGCUCUCAAUAUAUGAUUCAGAAAGAACAAAUGACAUGUAUUCCUUUGUAAUUGUGUAUUGUUUUUGUAUGUUUUGUAUAAUUGAAAUUGACACUGAUGUUUAUAAAAAAAAUAUUGUCAGCACAUGUGUAUCUUUUGGUUUGUGUUGAAUGUUCUGACAUGAUCAUGAAGAGGAAUGUGAGCAAGUGGACAGCAUUCAUAAUUUUAAGAUUAGUAAUUGAAGAAUGUGUGAACGUCAGUGACAAUCAGUAUUCUAAGUUGUACCUAAGAACUGCUGCUGUAAUCAUAAAGACUUAUCCUAGAAUGAGUACUCAUAUGGUCAUACUGAACCAUUUCAACACACUUACUGUUUGAUUUUAUAGCAUACAGAUAUAGAAGAGAUGUAGAGAUGUAGAAAAUUAUUUAAUAUGAAUCAAAAUAAAAUGUAAAAUAAUAAUUCAUGUUUCCAUUAAAUAAGAUUGAAUUGUUGGUUUAAAAAAUAUACACUAUAUGACAAUAGAUAACUAUAUGACCAUAGACACACAUUGGCAGUAGAAUGAGUCAUACUGAAGAGCUCAGUGACUUUAAACACACUGUCAUAGGAUGCUACCUUUACAUCAUUUCAUGAAAGUUCUUCCUUGCUAGAUUUUCCCUGUAAAUGCUAUUAUUGCCAACCCAAGCCACUGGGGUGUACAGCCUAGUGCGCUCUCAGUGCCAGUCCCAAGCCUGGAUAAAUGGGGAGGGUUGCCUCAGAAGAUCCCUGACACAGAGCCCUGACAUAAAGCCUACUGAACACUUCUGGGAUGAAUUGGAACGUUGAUUGUGAGCCAGGCCUCCUUGUUUAUCAUCAGCGCUCGACCUGACAAAUGCUCUUUUGACUGAAUGGCCACAAAUUCCCACAAACACACACCAAAAUCUUAUA